AGAUUCGACGAUUGUUACCCUACGUGCAUUCGCAUUAGUUUCGUUCGGAUAAUUUCGUUCGAAGGAACGAACGAUUUUGGCGCGAGUCCAAUAAAUAAAUAGGCGUCGUUCGAUCGGCUCGAGUCUCCUCUCUCUUUCUCGAGAAAGAACUAAUUCGCAUAGGCAAUCGUUAUUGCGCGAUAAAAUCGCGUUGAUCGGGAAAGCCGACUGCGGAGAAGUAAAGGAAGAAGCGGGAGGAUUACGAGGUCGCGAUCGGCGAACUUUAAUCGGCGAGUUCUCGUUAAUUUGCACUUCAAGUUUCCACGGCAACACGUACAACCGAGCCCAGAGAGCGCGUAAGAUACGCCCGUGGCGAAGCGAGACUCUUGGGCGCCUGCGUGGUCGAGUGACGUCAUUGGCGAACCGGGCAGCCCAUCACCCGCCAGACAUUCAGUCUCGUCUUAGCACUCGAAGAGGUCGCAAGUUUGUCGCGCGUCGCUCCCUCUACGCCGAAAUCGCACGAUAUAUAACGUAUAACGAGCGCGAGAACAUAUCUAUCGUCGUUCUAUCCUAAGUCGGGCUAUCGCACCUGCUCGUGGUAUUUACGCCUUUUGCGAAAGUCAAUUCCAUUGUGAGAGCCAAUCGGAGUGAGGCAUAACUCUAUACGUUUUCUUUCGUUUCAACGUACGCGAUCGUAGAAAAGUGACGAUAUUUGGCGAUAUAGUGUUUGACGAGAGGGAUAAAAAGGGAGAAAGAAAUAGGUGAUAUUACGUGUUGGAUGUCAUUUCGAGACAACGAUAGUUUAGUAGAUAGUCGCGCGGCCGAUCGAAGAUUGAAAGGAUAAUCAUUGUGGAGCCAAAAGUGAAGAAAGAGAAGGAUAAAGUGGAGGAGGAAGAGGGGGAGAAGGGUCCUGCGUGUUAACUUUUAUCUCUGGACGCGAAAGAUCGAUUUAUGUAACACUGUGGUGUCGCGUAAGGUCUGUCCACCUUUCCUAUACUUGCGCGCAUAUAUAUAUAUAUAUAUAUAUAUAUAUAUAUAUAUACAUACAGGUACACAUAUAUGCGUUGUGUUCUCUUUCUCUCUCUCUCUCUCUCUCCCUCUUGUGCGCGCGAGCGCGCGCACACACGUACGCACGCAGCCUUCCGCUCGCUCUUUUCCGUAUCUAUAUCUUGACUCGUACGCGCUUACUAUGCGCCCUGAGAGCACGUUUAUUACUAUGAGAUAAUGAGCUGCUCGGUAAAGAUCUCGUCUGGGAAGAGUUGGAGCGGAUCGCAGAGGAGAAUCAGCUCGUUGGCGGAGGAGAAUACAUGCCCUUCUCCUAACGGCGCUGCUUCGAGUUGCGCCCUCUUACAGACGAUUCAAACGACCAAUAACGUAUUGGUCGCGUCCUCGCUCGCCACCACGUACACGACUACAUCGAGUACGGGUUUGGAAACGAUAACUACAACGACAACGGCGGCGACAACGGCGUCAACGACGACGACGAUCGGCGGUCCUGCUGCGGCGGCUGCUAACGUAGCUGGUGUUUUUGGUGCCGGUGGCACCGCCGCAGGCGGCAUCGGUCAAAGGAUCGCUACGCCACGCCCCGUCAAGUCGAUCGCCACGAAGAAAGGAGAAGACACGAGCAAGCUGCUCAAGUAUAUCGACGAUAACGUCAUCGGCAAGAACGGCACCUUCUUCGGACCGUUCGGCCGCAGGAAAGUCGUCUUUUGCGAUUAUACGGCAACAGGAAGGUCGCUACAAUUUCUCGAAGAGUACAUCGCGAAGGAGGUCCUGCCAUAUUUGGGCGACACUCGAGCAUCAACGUCCAUCUGCAGUCUACAAUCCUCUCUCUUCAGGCACGAAACAAGAGACAUCGUUAGGCAUGCCGUUGGUGCUGAUGACCAGGAUGCGGUUUUAUUCACGGGUCAAGGUUCGGCCGGUGCCCUUCGCACACUUCUGCGACAUCUCGAUCUCUCAAAAUCCACCGUAGUUUUCGUGGGCCCGUUCGAGUACCACGACAAUCUACAGCCGUGGCGUGAAUAUGGUGUCAAGAUAGUACGAGUGUCCGAAACCCGAGAGGGUUUCUUGGAUUUGAACGAACUUGAACGAGGUCUGGCCAAGAUGCGUGCAGAAGGCAUCGCGCAAAUGAUCGGAUGCUUCAGUGCGGCCAGUUGUAUAACAGGGGUUUUGGCGGAUGACGUUGCUACGACCCUUCUUCUACAUCAGUACGGUGCCCUCAGUAUCUGGGAUUAUACCACUGCAGCGCCGUACACUCAGAUCGACAUGAAUCCACAUCUACCGGGUAUGAGCGAAUCCACGGCGCACAAGGAUGCAAUUUUCUUCGCUGGGCACAAGUUCGUAGGAGGCGUCCAAUCGCCUGGGGUACUCGUCAGUAAAAAAUUUCUAUUAAUGGUCGAAAUAAGAGCCGAAGAUAUGAGAGACAGUCACCGAUACCUGACCAAUCCCGAGCUUCGCGACGAAAGUGGAACCGCCGGAGUCGUGGAAAGUAUUCGCUGUGGAUUGGCGAUUCAAUUGAAGGAGAACGUGACGCCACGGGCUAUCGUCAAUCGUCAAGACAAAAUUUCUAGGCAAGUGCUGGCCCACGUACGCACAAUUCCAGAACUGAUUUUACUCGGUAGUGCAUCGCAAAAUGUUAAAAGGCUGCCCAUCUUCUCGUUUAUGGUCCGACACCCACGUGGCACAUUUCUCCAUCACAAUUUCGUGUGCGCCGUAUUAAACGACGUUUUCGGCAUACAGGCAAGAAGUGGGUGCGCUUGCGUUGGUCGAUACGCUCACAAUUUGAUGGGAAUAGACGCGGAAUUGGCGAAAGAGUACGAAGAUUUAUUGACGCAGAGUCGACGCAACGAAGUUGCAAGCGAGGAGGUUAACAGCGAAGCAAUGAGGCCGGGAUUCGCUAAGCUUUCCUUUCCUUAUUUCAUGUCCGAGGCCGAAGUCGCAUUUAUUUUGGAGGCCUUGAAGAUGGUGGCCACCGAGGGAUGGAAGCUCUUACCGCAAUACGUUUUAAAUCCUCAGACCGGGGAGUGGCGACACCACACGAACAGUAUAUUGAAGGAACGAAAAUUGUUGGGAACGAUAAGAUAUACCGACGGGAGAAUGAAUGCGUCCGAAAGGAGGGCCUCCGGAUCCGGCGCAUUUCCGCAAAGCUACGCGGACUGCCUACAAAUGGCGCGAAAUAUUUUCAAUCGUGCGCGUAAAAUAGCACAGAGAUAUCCCCUGCAAACCGAUCGUAUCUUUAACUUCAUCUCGGAAGAAACGGAACCAUUGCGUUGGUUUAUGUUACCGAGCGAGGCGCAAGAUCUGCUUCUAGGUAAUUCACAAAACGUGAAGCAGGAAGUACCUUUCAAUCCUACGUUAGCUUCGCACAGGAUCGCGCACACGACACCGGUUACGAGUACGCACGAGAGUCUCGUUAAUAGUUUGACCUCGGCCAACGGCAUGAGACGUUUGAACAGCGACAUUCCUCGAACCGGAAACACUCCGGUAUCGCCAAAUUCGCCGCGACAUCGAAGUCUUCCGGCGUUGAGUACGAUAAGGAGAAACUGCGUGGCUGCGUCGACGACGGAGCCUAGUAAAACGAAUCCCACGGAGAUCGACGGGAUCGAUGAUAAACAAUUGAUGCGUACAGAGACCGGGAAUACGUCGACCGGUCACAAAUCCCCGGCCACCUGUCCGAGUUCGCCAAUGCCAAUACGAUUCGCCGUUGGCGAAGCGGUCACUCCCUCGGCCCUAUCGUGUAUGUCUCAUGCGACGGUGGUUGUCAGUCGGCCGCUGAAGGAACAAAGAGAUUUGAUAGAGGCGAGGGACGGCGGACGUGCAAGGUGCAAUUCAUUGGGUAGUACAACGGGGACGAAUAACAACGCGGCCAACAACCGAUCCGGCAUGUCGUCCUCGUCCUCGCCCAUACCGGUACUUCCGUUGAGCCCUCAGACAUUGACGAGCUUGGGUUUCACGCCGCCGCGUUCGGACUUAAACGCCUCGAGACAGAAGCAACGACUUCACUGUAGUUGUAGCAGCCAAACGGAAUUGAAUUCUCUCGAAUUGGACGCGAUGAGUAAUCUGAGCCAUUCCAUAUCAUCUUUCAAUUAUCACAGCAGCGUCGCCUCCCCGCCCUCCUCGUAUUCGUCGGUCGGUGAAUACACGGAGAAGCUCAUAGGCGGUGGAAGGUCCUCGCCAAUAUACUCCAAUGUCGGACAAAGAUCCGACGACGAUUUGAGCGCUUACUUGAAGGAAGUUACGAAGGAGUUAGCGACUGAGAUAAAGUCGGAGAUUCGCGAGGUGAUAUCGAAGGUGGACGAUGCAUUAUCGGAGGCGAACACGUCCGAGAAUACGCCGCAGCACCAUUCUAGGAAUCACAGCGCCAUCAGUCAAUUGUCCUCGACCGAGGAUAGGCAGUUCAGGCACGAUUCCUUUACGGCCAGCGACAUCGCCGAAUAUCUGAUGGAAUUUUCGAAGGAAAUGGCGAGCGAGGUUAAGUCCGAGAUCAGGUGUAUGGUGAACGCGGUCGACGGUCUUCACAGGCACUCGCCGGAUGCUUCGGCCUCGGACGUAUCCUCCAACGGAUGCGAAUCCCCGGACAGAGGUAGAGUUACCAUAUCGAACGUUUCCCCUCGGUUAUUGAAUUCUAGAAAACACGGUACCUCCGAGAUAACCGGCAAGAUCGGCGAAUUGACGCAACAGGAGAGCAAGAUGUCCAGCGAGUGUUCCUCCGACGAGACGGUGAUAUUCGUCAUGAAACCGACCGAAACCGAACGGAUGAUCGCCGCCGGUAAUCGUGUCGCCAAAACCGACGACGAGAACGACGUGGACGACGACGUGGACGACGACGAUUCCCACGAGCGUAGAGGACCAGAGGACAUGGGUGGUGACCCCAGGAAGAUCCUACCAAAGAUUUAUUCGGCCGUGAACUCGGUAAGUUCUCAGGACAGUGGGAUCAACCUUUCCUUUCACGAAAGCGACAAGUCGAUCGAAUCGACGGAAUUGAAACGUAGCAGUAGCGCCGAAUCAAAUUCUACGAACAGUUACGGUCGAAAGUCUAGAACGACGAACUCGAUGUCUGGUUUAUCCGGUAAAUCUUCCUCGAAACAGCUCGUACGUCAAAACGACGAUCUCUCGGAGGACGAGGAGUUAUCGUCGGACUUGCGAGAGGAGGAGGGCGAUCCGGAGGAAGAGGGCUUGAAAUUCGAAGGGAAAGACGAUACGAGGAACGUUCAGCCGCGCGUCCAGUGGCACUCGGCACCGAGAAACAUUUGGAAACCAACGGUGGAGGCCAUACAGGAAUUCGACAUGAUUCGGGACAAUGACAGGGUACUCCUGUGUCUCUCGAUACUUGGAAAGGAUUCGCUGUCUCUCUUGCACACGCUACAUCAAUAUAGGUUACACGCGAGGUCAAAGGGGAUCGAUUUCGAGAUCGGCGCUGCCACGAUCGACACCGGUGGCACGACGUUCGAUCGGCUUGAGACUAUAAGACAUUUCAAGGUUUUGGACGUUCCUUACUUUUACGAGGAGUUGGCGGUCGAGCCGACGACGACGACGACGACGACGACGACGACGACGACGACGACGACGACGACGACACCGACGCCGACGCCGACGACGACGCCGACACCGACGCCGACGACGACGACGACGAAGACGACUAUUACUACGACAACAGGUACAGAAAGUCAAGCCGAGGAAUCCCUUUCCAACGAAGCCUGCAGCUUUUGCAACAGAUCCAUCAGAGCACAAUUGUAUGCGAUCGCGAAACGUCACGGUUACAACGUAUUGGCACUCGGGCAACACUUGGACGAUCUGACCGAGAGCUUUCUAUCCUCCGUCUUUCACGAUGGCCAAUUAAAGACCAUGAAGGCGCAUUAUUAUAUUCGUCGACAAGAUCUUCGUGUCAUCAGACCGUUCGUCUACGUCAGUGAGAAAGCUUUGAGACAAUUUUCACGAGGCAAACGAUUUGUCUCGCACGAAUCAAAAAUGGCUGAACUUUCGGAGAAACAGAAACACAGCAAAGAUAUAUUGGUCCAACAGGAACGAGCUUAUCCACGUAUAUAUUGGUCCGUACGUACGGCCCUUCGGCCGUUAAUAAUUUCACACGGACAAUUGCCAGACUUCGACGUGACUUGCAGCAACAUUUCCGGUAAUAUGACCAAUAGCCCGAGCAGUAGCAGCGGGGUCAGUAGCAUCAGCAGCGCUAGUAGCAGCAACGCCGCCUCGACCGGCAUCAAUGGCGGUGGCGGUAAUAAUCAACAAAAGAGGUAUCGAAGGACGAAAACGAAUUCGGUUUCCUCGUCGUCGGCCGUCCAUCAUUUGUCCUCCCAACGACUCGACGACAACGACGAGACCGACGAGGAGCCGGUCCUUUGAGGAGGACCGUCCGCGAGAUGGGAUCCAAAGCGGCGUCCUUCAGUCUCAUCUUCGCGUGCACGUCGACGAGUAGCCCCGCCGUCUACGUCAGCUCUUCUCGCACGAAGAAGACGACAACGUUUCGCUGCUAUGACCACCGCGGCUGUCGUCGUUGCGAAUGAAUCGGAGUCGUUCGAGCGUUGAACGAGAAAGGAAAACGAAGAACGGAAACGAAAUCAAAUCUAAAAACGAUUGUCCAUCGCUUUUUCCGCGAACAACGACGGCGACGACGACGACGGCGACGACGACGGCGACGACAACGACGACGCGCAUACUUUCACUUUGGAGUUCGCUUCGAAACUUUAUGUGAUACAAUACGAGCGACGACGAGAUCAUCGAAUACUUUCUCUUUUUCUUCUGCCGAACGCAUUCGGUUUCUUUUUCUAAUAAAUGUAUGUUUACGUAUUAUGCGCGCAAACCUGGAGGAUCUACGGAGAGGGCAUGGCAAUUACAAAGCAUGCGAGGAUCUAAAAAGAAGAAAGACCGCUCUUGAUCGAUAAUUACUAUCGAUUUAUGUUCUAAACGUCGUCUUUUCGAAGAUCGACUCACGAAAACACGGACGAUAUAAUGAGUGUUUUUGGUAUUCAUAGAGUCGUCUAUAGGAAAUCUACUGAUGUGACUAAUCGCAUUUGUCAUGCGAUGAACGGUUGUCGGACUGCUUAGCGCACUUGUUGGCGCCUAUAAUGUCGUUAGAAAGAAUUUCGAAAGUGGAUUUUGACGUUAGGAUUCUUCAUCGAUUAGUAGAUAAAUGCAGGAAAAUGGAAAAGCGUCGAGAUACACGGUAAGCAUUUGUCUUACCGUGAAACGAAUCUCGAGUAUCGUUUCGAAUCCUCUAAGACGAUUUUUUUCGUGCGGUCAAGAAAAUUGUCGGCCUUAAUAUGUUCGAACGUUUUACGAGAGAUAAACUCGCGUAUAAUUAUCGAAUCGAGAGAUAAUUUUACGACGCUUUCCAGAUUCCAUUUAUUUCGAUAUAGUCCGCGGCGCACGGCAUUGCAUGCACGCAUAAACGCUUAUGCAAAAAGAGGAGAAUGACGAAGAAAAUGAAAGAUUAGCGAACGCUGUUUAAACGAAUCAACCGAAAAUCUUAUCUUUCUCGAGUGAUAAUUAUCGUAACUGGAUUAUCUGACUCAACUCUUAAUGGACAUUAUCAUUAAUUCAUGCUCCUUCAUAUCUGUAAUCUACAUUAGACCGACAUUAGUAGUUGCGAACGAACAUUUUGCGCGGUGAAAGGCGUGAACGGAGAGAGAAGAAAAAAGAGGAGAGAAAAAAAGGGAAAAGAAAGCCAAGUAAAGCGAUAGACGAUACGCGACCGAUCCAAGUAAAAAUAGUCGUUCGAGCGAUAAACGUUUCGUCGCAAGGAAGAAUUUCGAACGAUGCAGAAGGAAAUUUCGAGUUGAUUUUUCCAUCACGAGGCUUCUUCGCGUAUUUUGCAAAGCGCGAAGAUGAAACGUGCAAGAAAAAAAAAAAAAAGAAAAAAAAAAAGAAAAAGAAAAAAAUGGAAAGAUGGAAUCGCGCGCAUCGAAAGUCCCUGUGUACAAGAAACGAUUUGCAAUUUUGAAAAAUCUUCCGUCGUUCGACUUUUUCAUUGAAAAGAAUAGUAGGUGCACUUUCUAUACAUGUACUUAGUUGUAAAUACGGUACAGAUAUAAGGAAAAAAAAAGAAAGAAAAAAACUGAUCGUUCGGAGGAGUUCUUACUUCUUGACGACGAACGUAAUAUAUUCGUCCGGAUAUCAAACGAGAGAAUUCAUUUCGAUCUGACCGGUUUAAAAUUUAGAGACAUUGCAAGUGGUCGCGUAUCGAUGAAUCGAUUUUUAAUCGUUUUGAUCGGCCAUAAGAGGGAAUGCUCGAUCGAGCCGAUCGGCCACGUUUAAUUGAUGUAAAAACUUUCCUUAUUUUUCUUUUUUUUUCCUUUGUUCAGGGCCGUAUACAGAAGCAUAGGUAAAAGAAAAACGGCGAUGACGUUGUUUUCUUCUCGUCUAUUCGUUGAUUCUUUUUCCCUCUUUUCCUUCAAUUUUUGUCUCAUAACGCGAGAAAAAUCCGACAGCAUUUUUCCGUCCUGCAUCUUGUCAAAAUAAUGGAAGGACGAUCGUUGCUGCGAAGAAGAGAAUCGUAUCUUCGUUUAUGACGAAUCUCUUACGUUACGUAAAAAGUCCUUUACAAAGUCGCUGCGAUCGAAAAAAAUUCUGCGAAUAGUCGAAAAGUAAAAUCGAAAAAUCGUCAUAACUCUUCUUUUACGUAUGAUCAAAUGUUCCAUACGGCUAUUGUAUGUUCGCUGUUGUUAGAACUCGUAAGUCUCGCAUUAUAGCUCGCAUGUAAAACGCACGCAACGUAAAAGAAAAAAAAAAAAAAAAAAAAAAAAAAACAAGAGAAAAAAACAAGAAAAAAAAGAAAAAAUAAAAAGAAAUAAGUCGUCCAUCUGUCGUACGUCCUUCGUGCCGCGUGGAUUUUUUCAAGGGUUCGGUUUGUCUCUACGCCGCGAAAGAGACAAUUGGACAAUUGGACGAACGAAAGGAGAGAUUGGGAGAGCUUAAAGCUAAAAAGGAGGGAAAAAAGAGGUAGAACGAAAGAAAGAGAGAAAGAGUGAGAGAGAGUGAAAGAAGGAAAUCUUGAUCUAUAAAAUCCUUACGAAUAGAUAUUAUUAUAUUUUCCGAGAAUUGCGAGAGGUCAUUGUUACUGUAAAGAUAUGUAAGUUUAUUUAUCGCUAAUAAAAACGAAUGUUUAAAGAAAAUACGCUAGAUUUGAUCUCGAUAAAGUUAUUAUUUUAAGAGAGAGAGAGAGAGAGAGAGAGAAAGGUAGGUGAGCAAAAAGGUCUUAACAAGAUUUUCCUUAUUAAUUUAUUAGUACUUUAAGUAAUUUUAAAUAGCAUGCGAGUUUUAUUAUCGGUGUAAUAGUAUUACAUCGUUCGAGACACGUCGUACGAGGCUCGAUGCGUUACAAAGCAGUCCAGAUAAAUUUGAGAAUGAAUUUGAAUUCGUGCUUUAUCUUCGAAAUUCGUCCCUUGAUUGGAUGAGACAGGCGAUAUCGCAAAAGAGAGAAUCGCCAUUGCUUAUAACAGAUUAAAGAUCAUUGACUUAAUCAUUGCAAUUAGCAGUAACCACUUUAUAUUUAUUUAUUUAUAUUUUAUUAAUAUAAUGAUUUUAAUUAGAGUGCAA